AUGGCUUCAUAUGAAGUUGAGCAUUCCACAGCAGAUACGAAUGAACAGCAGCAUCGCCGCCCCCGCCGCCCUGACCUCUCCUCCUUCUUUGCCACCCUCAAUGAAAUAACUCCCACCCCAUCUGAAUCACGAGCACGGCCGUACGCUGUGCCUGUGCCAGGCGAUGUAAGCGCUGCUUUCCGCUCUCUUGCAGAAGCCCUUGAUGUGAUGCGACGAGAGUCAGAAAGUGGUGGUGAAGCACUACUGCCUGUGUACGAUGGACGCAUACCGGAGGGUCUAGGCCUAGGCGAAGAGGAGGCAACUGACGGCGGUCUGGUCGCGGAGAUGAUAAGAAUGCUACUGCAGGGAGCAGAAGAGCCUCCAAUGGAAGUACAAGGAGUUAGUGAAAGCUUUUGUGACGCCCUUGAACGUGUUCCGGUGUCUUCUUUAAAGGCGUCACAAUCGUGUCCAAUCUGCAAUAAUCCAUUCUUGGACGAUCCGUACCCGCUCAUCGUCCGACUGCCUUGUCAUACAUCACAUCUCUUUGACCUAGAAUGCUUGAGGCCUUGGCUUCGACUGCGGGGAACAUGCCCGCUCGACAGGGUAGAUUUUGGACAAAAAGAGCGGGACAAGGAACGAGAGAGAAUUGAGAGAAUCAUGAAGCGAGGAGCACAAUCUGAGGAUAAUGAAGAUGAAGAGUGGGAUGGAAUGUAUGGGUAG